AUGCCGACGAUCAAAGUCCCUACGUCCAUCACUUUUGAAGAACGACAGAUCCGUUUUCCGGGUUUCGGCCGCUUCAAACCGUCGCAUGCUCCACCAGUACCACCUCCACCUCCGCCACACAAUCCCUCGGCGCCUCCGGAAUACACAGAAAUUGCGGAGAAUCCGCGAGAACAAGAGAGGACGGCAACGUUUCUAGUCAUCGACAGAGAAGAUGAGAAAACCUGUUGUUGUGGGUUCUCUCCGUUGAGGGUAAGUGAAAAUUUUGCUCUAUAAAAUAGGGAUGUGGCCAGAGGAAAGGUCACUUUAUUCCAUUUAGGGCGUAAAAAGGAUUGAUUCUGGUCGGGUUCUCCCCCUCAAAAAAGAGCCCACCAUUGAUGACACAGAAUCUGUGGCACAUAGAUUUUUUACACCGGUUCUAGCUCCUCCGGGUUCAGCGAGUCCACGCUGUCCGUUUUCCUGGGGCUCCGGGGGUGAGUGGCUUGCCUUGGGCUGGGAUUCCGGGCUCUCCCGGUGGUCCAAUUCGUUCAGACUCUCCGGGUGGGCCGGGACGUCCUCGGGGUCCGGGAGAUCCUGGGGAAGCGUCGGAUCCUGGUCGUCCUGGGGUACCAGCCUCUCCUGGGUCUCCUGGGCUUUCUGGUGGGCCAGGUGGUCCCUGUGGGCAAGGUUUGCUGACCAAACCAGGGCCAGGUAGUGCAGUCAGCGCUCCUUCGACUGGGAAUCCUAGGAACUCCACCUGGGUUUAA